GUGAGCUUCAAGGUGAAACCCACAGGAAGGAAUUUAAAAUAUUUUAAUUUGUGUUAUUACACUGAUUUUGUAAGCUCUGAGAUAAAGAUGACAAGACUGACAGUCCUUGCAGGCAUAUGCCUGGUAUUAUGCCAAGUGGCAUCUGCCACUCAGAUGGUGUGCUACUUCACCAACUGGUCCCAGUACAGAAACGGUCAGGGCAAAUACUUGCCACAAAAUGUGGACCCGUUCCUGUGCACCACCCUGACAUAUGCCUUCUCCAUUAUCAACUAUGCAAACGAGCUUGUAACCUUUGAAUGGAAUGAUGAGGCUCUCUACAAAUCCUUCAAUGCCCUGAAAACCAAGAAUCCUUAUCUGAAAACUCUGUUGGCUGUUGGUGGAUGGAACUUUGGUUCAAGGCAGUUCUCCAUCAUGGUGUCCAAUGCCACUAACCGCCAGAAAUUCAUCCAGUCAUCAAUCACAUUCUUAAGGACUCAUGGUUUUGAUGGUCUGGACCUGGACUGGGAGUACCCAGGAGCUCGUGGAAGUCCCCCUGAAGACAAGCAGAGGUUUACUUUGCUCUGCAGGGAACUUGUUGCUGCCUAUGCUGCUGAGGCCAGUGCAACUGGUAACCCACAGCUCAUGCUGACAGCUGCAGUGGCAGCAGGAAAGGGAACCAUUGAUGCCGCAUAUGAGAUUGCAGAGAUUGCUAAGGAACUAAACUUCAUCAACGUGAUGACCUACGACUUCCAUGGAACCUGGGAUGAAUUCACCGGACACAACAGCCCACUGUACCGUGGCUCUCAUGACGAAGGGGACCUCAUCUACUUUAACACGGACUACGCUAUGAGGUACUGGAGGGACAAUGGCACCCCAGUGGAGAAGCUGAGGAUGGGCUUUGCAACUUAUGGCCGAACCUUCCGUCUGACAUCAUCAAACAGUAGUGUUGGAGCCCCCGCUAGUGGCCCUGCAUCAGCUGGACCUUACACACGUGAAGCCGGAUUCUGGUCCUAUUAUGAGAUCUGCGACUUUGUAAAUGGUACCACCCUACAGUGGAUUGAAGACCAGAAAGUGCCCUAUGCCACUAAGAAUAAUGAGUGGGUAGGAUUUGAUACCAGGGAAAGCUAUGAGAUCAAGGUUCGUUACCUGCAAGAGCAGAAGUUUGGUGGCGCCUUUGUGUGGGCCCUGGAUCUGGAUGAUUUUUCUGGACAGUUUUGUGGAGAGGGCAGCCACCCUCUAAUGGCACAUCUCCAUAAACUCCUUGAUAUUGAGCUGCCCCCGCUACCCCCUACCACCACCCCUGAUCCCAGUGCAACCGCCAUCAGUCAACCCUCUGCUACUACUACCACCACCACCACCCAUUAUCCAGGGUCUGGUUUCUGUAAUGGUAAACCUGAUGGAUUGUACCCCAACCCAGAUGACAAGAAAAGCUUCUACAUAUGUGCUGGUGGCAUCACCCAUGUGAACACCUGUGCAGCUGGCACCAUCUUUGAUGACAGCUCCAAGCACUGCGUCUGGCCCUGAGCAACAACUCAAGGAAAUGUGUAUAACAACUGCUACAAAUAGUUUGAAAAUAUCCGAUACAAUGCUGAUAAGUGAAAAUAUCAAAGUGCACUUUUGUCUGCCGUUUAAAAAAAUCAUGUACCAAAAUAUUGUAAAAAAAUUUUUUAUAUAUAAUUACUGUUUAGUUGUGAAAUACAGUGUGUAUUUUUCCCUUUUUCUCCCCAAUUGUACUUGGCUUUACAAAUGUGUUUAACGAGGUUUUUCGUAGGAAACGGAAUAGACUGCCAUGCCACCCGGAUGCUCUGAGUAUGCUAUUUUAAUGAAUGCUAAUAGACAAGGGAUGCCAAAAACCAGUUUAAUGUCAUUUCGCCACACAACUAUGAGGUGAAAUACACCUUACCGCAUGCGGUUCUUCAUAAUCGUGUAAGCAGAAUUAGCUCAAAUGGUAGGGCACUCGCUUUGCACGCGAGACGCAGCAGGAUCGAUGCCUGCAUUCUCCAAAGAGGAAUUGGAUGAGACUUGUCUGUGUUCCAUUUGCGAAUGUCUCUUAAGUCUGCAACAAUUAUUGUCACUUUAACUGUGAGAUUUACCAUAUAGUGCUACAAAUCCAGUUCAGCUUUGCAAUCAUGGUGCUAUUUUCUACAGCAGGGUCACAUAUGUAUAUGUUGAGUGUUAACAUAUUGGCUGGGUCAAUAUCUUAUUCAGGUAUGUGCCUAUACUAAUGUCGUUACAGCAUUGACAAGUGAUGUUUAAAUGAGCAUGCGCAAAUACAGUUUUGCUUCUUAUGGUUCAAGUAACAAUCAGUGAUGAGCAUAUGUGUUUAUUCCUCCGUGAAAUGUAUGUGAUUUACCAGUACUCCUACCCUUACAAUGGCAGCGUCAAAUGGUACUAUGUGCAGCGACCAGGACACAUACCCACCGGCUUCUCUCCCACCCGCAGACACGGCCAGUUGUGUCUGUAGGGACGCCCGAUCAAGCCAAAGGUAUCACUGAUUCGAACCAGCGAUUCUCGUGUUGGCAGGCAAUGGCAAAGACCACUACGCUACCCGGACAUCCCUAGAAUGUUUUUCUAUUGUGUGGUAACCCACAUCUAUAUAACUAGAGACAUUCACCUGAGAGGACGGUGUACCUUUAAGGGAAGAGGCGAGGGGUCAGAUAAUGCACUUCCGCUUCCGGUUCACAGUUCAGUGUCGUUGUCGAAUGUAUGACAUGCAAAGUUGGAGCUAGUAAACUACCUCGA